CAAAAACUUCGUGAGCACCAUCCACGAUAGUUAGCCCCCAAUCCCACGACAGCUCUCCUCCUACCGCACCGCCGACCCAAGACCAAUUCCACCUGCGUUUCGCAUCGACAAGAGAAACACAGCCCACCAUGGCGGGCGGGCACAUGAAAUACCGGCAGCUGUCGCGCGACUCGGCGCACCGCAAGGCGCUGCUGCGCAACCUGGUGACCUCGCUGAUCAAGCACGAGUCGAUCCACACGACCUGGCCCAAGGCGAAGGAGGCCCAGCGGCUGGCCGAGAAGCUGAUCACCCAAGCCAAGAAGAACAACGAGCCGGCGCGGAGGAAAGCGCAGGGGAUCCUCUUCAACGCGCACGAGCUGAUGCCCAAGCUCUUCGGCGAGCUGCGGGAGCGGUACCUGCACCGGCCGGGCGGGUACACGCGGGUGCUGCGGACGGAGCCCAAGGACAAGUACGACCAGGCGCCGAGCGCGAUCCUGGAGCUGGUGGACGGGCCCAAGGACAUGCGCUUCGCCAUGACGGCGGCGGCCGUCGCGCGCGACCGCCUGCUGGGCAAGCGGCACACCGACCUGACGCAGAAGAACAUCGCCAAGGUGACGCGCUUCCGCGCUGACGGGCGCGACCGGUUCGAGGAGAUGGUCGGCAAGAUUGAGGCCAUGACGUUGGCGUCGCAGUCGGAGUCGUCAUCAUCCUCGUCGUCGUCGUCGUCGUCGUCAUCGUCACGAUAGGAGCAUGUUUGUGUGGGGCUGCUGAACUGUACUUUUUGUUUCUCUUGCUUUGGCAUUUUUGUUCUCUCUCGUUUGGGCGGGAUGGGUGGCUAGAAGGAAGUGUAAGUGUUAUGAGAGCAAAGCUCUGUACAUCAUGGAACUUGCAUAUACGAGUACGAUACGGGGA